UCCCUCGGUCGUGUCUUCUUGUCCCCUCUGUCCCUCAGGUGGAGUCGGAGUCUAACGAGCUGGUGGACGGCUCUCUCAUCGACCUGUGCGGCGCCACCCUGCUGUGGCGGACGGCGGAGGGCCUCGCGCACACGCCCACCGUCAAACACCUGGAGGCGCUGCGGCAGGAGCUGAACGCCGGCCGGCCGCAGUGCCCCGUGGGCUUCAACACGCUGGCCUUCCCCAGCCUCCGCCGCAAAGACGUCCUGGACGACAAGCAGCCCUGGGCCUACCUGCGCUGCGGCCACGUGCACGGCUACCACGGCUGGGGGAGCCGCCGCGACCCCGAGGUGGAGGCCGAGUGUCCGGAGCGAGAGUGCCCCAUGUGCCGGGCGCGGGGCCCCUACAAGCCGCUGUGGCUGGGCUGCGAGGCGGGCUUCUACGUGGACGCGGAGCCCCCCACCCACGCCUUCGUCCCCUGCGGUCACGUCUGCUCGGAGGAGACGACGGCGUACUGGAGUCAGAUCCCGCUGCCGCACGGCACGCACGCCUUCCACGCCGCCUGCCCGUUCUGCAUCCAGCCGCUGAGCGGAGAGUCCGGCGCCGUCAGACUCAUCUUCCAGAGCCCGCUGGACUGAACCGUCCCGGUCAGACCUCACACCUCAGGCCUUAACCCACAGCAGGGGGCGCAGCUUUUAUCGUAACUUAAUCUUUUAUAACUUAAUUUAACUUAAUUUUGAGCGAUAAAAAGGCUUUUAUUGGGUGUUUUGUAUUUUAUGUGACGCAGGCGAUGACGUCUUCUUUUAAAAAGCGGUGAAAGUUUUUCUCCGGACGAAACUGUGAUGAUGUGAUUUUUGAUUCUUCUUAUUUAUUCCCUCCUGUCUUCGGUGAUGCGUUUUUAAAUGGAUGCAGUUUAACAGCUGAGAGGUCUCACUCUGCCCCACAGAGACAUUUACACUACAGGCUCCCGCGCUCAUGGAAAACCGGGAAAAGUCAUAGAAUUAGUAAAAUCAUUGAACAUUUGGGAAAAGUCAUGGAAUUUUGUUGAGUGAAAUGAAAUGAUAGUUUUUGCAUUUCCAGGCCCGACAGAAAAAGACUCAUCAGUGUCAGAUAAUCACGUGACAAGUUUCUUAUUAUUACAAAUAUUUUUCACGUGUUUACAAAAUGUUUUCUUGUUAUCACGAUUUCAUGUUACAAUGAGAAACUUUUCUGGUUACGAGAUGUUUUCCAUGUUUUUACCAGAUGUUUUCAUGUCAUGCCAAACCUUUCUUGCUAUACCAAGAAGUUUUUAUUAUAAAAAUAUUUUUCA